AUGUCCCUCCUCACCCGCUGCCUGACAUCCCUCCGUCCACAACUCCCCCUCCCCACCAAAACCCUCUCCCAAAGAACAUUCUCCGCCCUAACCACCACCUCCCCCCUCCGCCCCUCAAUUCUACGACCCAUUCUCCCCAACUCAGACCUCUCAUCAUCCUCAUCAUCACCAUCACAACAACAACUAGGAUCCGGAAGUCUGAUACAACUCCGCGGCGCCAAACGCGAUACUUUCAACCCUUCACAUGUCGUGCGCAAGAGACGGCAUGGUUUUCUUUCAAGGUUGAGGACGAGGACGGGGAGGAUGAUUUUGAAGAGACGGAGGGCUAAGGGGAGGAAUACGUUGAGUCAUUGA